AACCUUUAGGUGUCCAGAUCACGUUCCUGUGUGUAUUUAAGGGGAAGGCUAGCCCUGGUGCAGCACCAAUCUUUUGUACAAGUGUCUUCGUACAAACACACAUCUUUACUCAGCACGAUGAUGAUGCUUCUGCUUCUGUCUUUUGUGGCCAUGGCCAUGGCUCAGAACCUAGUCCUUGACAGAGUUGAAGGAUAUAGUGUUGAGUACGACGAUCAACAUAACAUCGUCCUGCUGGUGGGCAGCACCGCCUGCUAUAUCGUGGAAGCGACCGACGCCCGCUGGGACCCCAUCGUCCGCAGCAGAGAGGAGCUGCACGCCGCUGCUCUCGGCAUCAUCAGGGUGAUCGAGAGCAACACUGGCCUGACGGACCUUACACAAAGGGAAGCUAUUCAAGCGUACGGCAGCCGCUUGGAGUCGCUCCAGUGCAGCCUCAAGAAGAUUUACAGAGUCAGAUACACCCCUCAUUUCUGGCCAGUUCCUCACUGGCUUCCCUGUACAUGUCAAAGGUUAUCUGGUGGAAUACGACGACAGGCGAACAUCGUGCUCCUGACGAACGCGGAGAACUGCUACAUAGUGGAGGCCCCUGACGCAGCGUGGGAUUCGAUUGGCCAGAGCUCUGAAGACCUGCAAAAUGCUGGCUCUGCUAUUCUGGAGCAAGUCGGGACCAACACCGGGGUUACCAGCCUAACAGCGGCCCAGGCUUCCAGCCAAUACCAGAGCCUUCUGGAACGGACUCAGUGCUUCGGCAAGAGCAUCUACAAAGUCAGCUAUAGCCCUCGUACAUAAGCCCUCGACAGAAAUUCUAAUGCAAAUUUGCAUUUAUAACAGAGAUGUGAAAAGCGGCUUUAAGAAAAAUUUCAAAU